GGGCGGUGGAGGUGGGGUCGCUGGUGAGGGGUCCUUUCUCAGAUGCGUGGUGAAGCACCUGACGAAAGAAUAAACACAGAGCGGCGUCCAGCAACAGUCCUUUGUCCUUCGCCAUCCUGCCCUCUCCCCCACAAGCCUCGACAGUCCUACGCAGACCACGCAACAUGUCGUCGUUAACAUCAAAGCAGCGCCUGGCUCUGGCCAUCUGCGACUUCCUCAACACGUCGGUCUCUGACGGCACUCUCCCUGUCGACGACAAGGACAACAUCGAGGUUGCCGUCAACUGCAUCGCCGAGUCUUUCAAGGUCGACCCCGCCGACACAGCGGCUGUCCAGAGCGCCAUCGGCAGCCAAAACCUCACCCAGAUCUAUGGCGUCUACGAGAAGCUCAAGACCACCGCCAAGCCUGCCGCUGGCUCGACAUCGUCAUCGUCGACCGCGGCUGCGCCGCCCACUACCGUGAGCGAGGAGGACAAGAAGAAGGCCGAGGGCCUCAAGGGCCAGGGCAACCGCGCGAUGAGCCAACAGGACUACCAGACCGCCAUCGACCUCUACUCGCAGGCGCUCGCGCUGCACCCCGGCAACGCCAUUUUCCUCUCGAACCGCGCGGCCGCGUACUCUGCGCUCAAGGACCACGAGUCGGCGCGCGCCGACGCCGAGGCGGCCGUCGACAUCGACCCCAAGUACACCAAGGCCUGGUCGCGGCUCGGACUCGCGCGCUUCGCGCUCGGCGACGCCAGGGGCGCCAUGGAGGCGUACCAGGCCGGCAUUGACAACGAGGGCAACGGCGGGUCCGAGGCCAUGAAGAAAGGCUACGAGACGGCCAAACGCCGCGUCGACGAGCUCGAGGCCGACAGCAGCAGUCCCACAUCGCCUGCGGCGCGCGGCAGCCCCGGAGCUGGCGCUGGUGGCAUGCCCGACCUGGGAAGCCUGGCGAGCAUGUUCGGUGGAGCUGGUGGGCCCGGCGGCGGUGCCGGCGGCAUGCCAGACCUGAGCAGCAUCAUGAGCAACCCCAUGUUUGCCAGCAUGGCGCAGAACCUCAUGUCGAACCCGGACAUGAUGAACAACCUGAUGAGCAACCCGCGGCUGCGGCAGAUGGCCGAGCAGUUCGGCAGCGGCGGCGGCAUGCCCGACAUGGCCAGCCUCAUGAACGACCCCAACAUUGCCGACAUGGCACGCAACUUCAUGGGCGGUGCUGGUGGCCCUGGUGCUGGUGCUGGUGGUGCUGGUCGGGGCGCGCCUCAGUAAGAUGGAAAAGGGUUUUGUUGCGCAGAAAGAGAGGCAAGACUUUUGGGCAAGGUUUCAUGAUACACAAAGCGGACAUCACGGAAGUUUAGAUGGCAGCGUCCAUUAGUUGUACUUGAAUCACCAUUGAAAUUCACUCCAGCACAUCCAGUUUUCCGUCUUGUACAUUGUGGUCUUGAUAAUUGCCAGUGAAAGCAUGCUUUGUGACCUGUCCGACAAUCAAUCAUGAAUAUGAAGCGCUUUGUCUGUCUCAACUUCCAGCUGCUCGACCUCCCAUCAGUGCUCCGUCACAUGCACUUCUGCGGUAUGCUUAGUCAUCAUUCUGGGAGAGCCCCUCGACAUGCUCCAUCCAAC